AAUCUGUGUCAAUUAAUUAAUUUCCUUGUGAUGUAUGUAUCUAUAUAUACAUGCAUGAUUGUUCCAUGAGGCUCUUCACCAAAGAUCAAACCAAUAUCAAAUAUCUCAUUCUUUCUUCAAAUAGUCUCCCAUAGAAUUCUUGAAGAGGAGAGGAGAGUUCCGCAAUGGCGAGAGUUGGAGACGAAGUGAGCAACAAGCAGGUGAUAUUCAGGGACUACGUCGCCGGUUUUCCCAAGGAAUCGGACAUGUACCUGACCACUGCUACCAUAAAGUUGAAGGUUCCUCAAGGCUCAAAGGCAGUUUUGGUGAAGAACGUCUACUUGUCCUGCGAUCCUCUCAUGCAAUUCUUCAUGAGGGAUGUUGAAGGUCCUGACGGGUACAAUUACUACACCCCUGGCUCUCCAAUAUUCGGUUAUGGCGUGGGUAAAGUUUUGGAUUCCGGGCAUCCAGAGUUUAAGGCAGGGGACUUGGUUUGGGGGAUGACAGGAUGGGAAGAGUACAGCCUAAUCACCAAAACUGAAGGCCUCAUUAAAAUCAAGCACACUGAUGAUGUACCACUUUCUUACUAUACUGGAAUCCUCGGUAUGGCGGGCAUGACUGCGUAUGCUGGGUUCUACGAGGUUGCCGCUCCUAAGAAAGGAGAAUAUGUCUUCAUUUCAGCAGCAUCUGGGGCAGUUGGUCAACUUAUUGGACAAUUCGCGAAGUUGACGGGUUGCUAUGUUGUUGGAAGCGCCGGAAGCAAAGAAAAGGUGGAUCUAUUGAAGAAUAAGCUUGGGUUCGAUGAGGCUUUCAAUUACAAGGAAGAGCAUGAUUUGAAUGCAGCUUUGAAAAGGUGUUUCCCUCAUGGCAUUGACGUUUACUUUGAGCAUGUUGGGGGCAAAUUGCUUGACGCGGUGCUUCUCAACAUGAGGCACUAUGGCCGCAUUGCUGUGUGUGGAAUGAUCUCACAGUACAACCUUCACGAGCCCGAAGGCAUAAAAAAUUUGAUGGAAAUUGGAUUUAAGUGGAUCCGCAUGCAGGGAUACACGCAUCGCAAUUACUAUCACCUGUAUCCCAAGUUCUUGGACCUUGUUCUGCCGUACAUCAGACAAAAGAAGAUAGUGUAUGUGGAAGACAUAGCUCAAGGCCUUGAGAGUGGUCCGGCUGCCCUGGUUGGACUUUUCACUGGUCGCAACUUUGGAAAACAACUGGUUGCGGUUGCUCCUGAAUGAUGCAACCAUCCAUUAAUGUACUAUAUAUGUUCAUGAUCAUAGUCAUGCCUAGCUAUAAGGAAAGCUUUGUACCAUAUAUAUAUAUGUACGUCUAUAUAUACGUACAUAUGAAUAAGAUGUCUUAUGCUUAAUAAAUAAUUUGGCGUUUGCAUGCGUAUAUAUGCAUGCAAUUUAACUCAA